UGAUGCUGUCCCUUUUCUUAAUUACUUCAUACCACUGGAAGGUGUGGCUCAUCCAGUUGCAUUAAACAUUCAUAGAGCACGAAGAAAUUUUACUGUUCCUGUUCCUCCUUCAACAAAUUCUACUACCACCUCCUCCUCUUCUAAUGUAGUACAUGAACCAACUGCACUAUCCACUGGAGGAGCCAUUGCUCCUAGCAGUAGUGGCAGUGAUGAAACUAUUCCAGUACCAACUAAAAAAAGAAGAGAAGGAGGCUUUGAUAUUAAAACAGCUAAACAAAAGAUCAAACAAGUUAUGAAUGAGAAUCACUCUGAUUUUGCGGAUAUUUUGGAGAGUUCUCUUAAAGAAAUUGCUAACAAACUAUUUGAAGCUAAAAUAAUUACCCGACAGGUUCAGAAGUCACCAACUUAUGAUGCCAUAGCCUCAAGUUUCCUAGCUAUAAUGAAUCUAUUGGACUCUAAGUCUGACCUAGAGAAGCAUUGUGUGAAAUAUCUAGAGGCUCUGUCUAGUGUUGGGGGACCAAUAGAAUUUGCUGCUAAUUUCUUGAGGGAAAAAUUGACAACAGCUCUGGAGGGUGCACUUCAGUUUGAACUGUCUGUGAAAUGAGUUAGAACUAUUAUGAAUGAUGAUUUUGCAAUUAAUGAUUUUAAUUUAGAGUUUUUAAUACUAGUAGUUAUUUUAGCAUAUGUUAUUUUUAUACUAAAUCUAUUAUAGAAUAUUGUAUUGUCUCCAUGCAUGUCUCCAACUUUUUUAUGGAUUAUUAAAACUGU